CUUUCUAAACUCUAAAUGUUCGUUCAGUUUUGAUCCUGUUUUGUUUUUCACAUUUGGAGAGUUUUUAUAAAAUCAGCUUCAUCAUCACUUUGUUUAUCUGAGUUUCCUCCUGCAGAUCUGAUCUGUUUCUGUUUCACCAAACUGGAUUUUAUUCGCUGUUUCCGGCUGACUUUAAGCCUACAAAUAUUCCUGUUGUGUAUUUAAAUCUCCAAAUAUGUUUCAAGAUGUUUUAAAGUUUCAGCUGGGAACAUUAUCAUCAGUGUCUGAGAUGGAGACGUCAGUGGAAGCAGCCGAGCUGUUGGCGCCAUCGCCCCUGGAAACCGGCAAUUUGGACACAGACUCUGCCUCCUCUGCGACCUUUGACCCUAUGGAGGAGUUCAGCCGGCGGCUGCAGGACAUCCUGAGGACCUACGGCUCGGCCAAACAGGUUGCUACGGACAACGAGAUGGAAAAGACCUCAGAGGAGGUCAAAGGUGACAUGGAGACCGACGUGUCCCUCAUCCGGCAGCGCCUGAGCGGCCUGCCGUCCGCAGAGGCCCGACUGGAGGAACUGGUGCAGCAGUUCGCCGAACUGGUGAGAACGCGGCGCUGGUGGCGCGACGAGCAGCAGAAGAAGAGCGCGCUGCAGCAGAAACUCUGCCACCUGCUGGAGGACCGGCGCUGCAGCAGCGCGCGCAGCCAGCUGGAGGCGCUGUGCAGGGACCUGCAGGCACACUACGGCGCGCUGCGGGAGGAGACACUGCGGCGCUGCAGGGAGGAUGAGGAGAAGCGGAGCGACAUCACCAACCACUUCCAGGAGACCCUGGAGGAGAUCCAGGCUCAGAUCGAGCUGCACAGCGGCCGCAACGACAAGCUGCGGCAGGAGAACGCCAACCUGACCGACAAGCUGGAGAGCCUCAUGAGCCAGUAUGAGCGGCGGGAGGAGAGUUUGGAGAAGAUCAACAAACAUCACGACCUGCAGCACAAACUGACGGAGGCCAAACUGCAGCAGGCCAACGCACUGCUGGCCGAGGCUGAAGACAAACACAAACGGGAAAAAGAAUAUUUGCUUAGAGAAGCUAUUGACAAAACAAAGAAAUGCUUCGCUAUGAAGGAGCAGGAGCUGGCCAUGAAGAAGAAGCUGGCGCUCUACGCUCAGAAGUUUGACGAGUUUCAGGCAACGCUGGCCAAGAGCAAUGAGAUCUAUGUCCGCUUCAAACGGGAGAUGGACAACAUGACUGAGAAGAUGAAGAAGGUGGAGAAGGAGGCAAACCUUUGGAAGACCAGGUUUGAGAACUGCAACAAGACGCUGAUCGACAUGAUUGAGGAGAGAACAGAGAAAGGCAGAGAGUACGACCUGUUUGUCCUGAAGAUCCAGAAGCUGGAGAAGCUCUGCCGUGCUCUGCAGGAGGAGAGGAAGGGACUCUACGACAAGAUCCGAGAAGUCCGCCAGUCCAGCGCCGGCCUCUCGUCCAAAUUAGCCGACUUCACAGAGAACGGCGGAGUUCCUGAAGACGCUGCCAUGCCGGACCUGGAGGGGCUCCAGGAGCUCCAGGAGGACGACCCGGUUCUAACGCAGAACAUCGCCCGGCUGCGGCAGGAGCAAGCCAAGCUGCAGGAGUUCGCCGCCGCCCUGCUGGCCACGCCGGGUGAUAGCGAGGAGCAGGACGAGAAAAAGGAGCUGGGCGACGAAGAUGAUGUCAUCGUCUCCGCCAUUGCUCAGUUCCAAACCAGAACCGACAUCAAGGAAGGUCCGGCUUCAGCGGCUGGUCAGGCAGAAGGGAGAGAAGAGAAGGCUGAAGACCCACAUGUGGUUCUGCUGAAGGAUCCAGAACCGCAGGCAACUGGGUCAGAACCAACCGACCUGGUGGCGCCUCCAGAGGUGGAGCAGAGUCCAACACAAGUCAGAGAGGAUGUCCAACAAUCAGCAACCUCAGAACCAGGCUGGGCGGAUCCAGAACCAGGCAGGGCGGAUCCAGAACCAGGCAGGGCGGAUCCAGAACCAGGCAGGGCGGAUCCAGAACCAGGCUGGGCGGAUCCAGAACCAGGCAGGGCGGAUCCAGAACCAGGCAGGGCGGAUCCAGAACCAGGCAGGGCGGAUCCAGAACCAAAAGCUUUAGAGAUUGAAUGUCUGAAGGAGACCAGUUUGGUGAAACCAGUCCUCCCAGUGGAAGAGGUUCUGGUCCAGCAGUUACCCAAUGGGUCAGAACCAGGAGAGUCCAGUAAACCGUCUGAUGGGUCAACCAAAGCAGCUGGCGGGAAGCAAAUCCCCAAGAAGAAGAAGAAGAAGAACAGCAAGAGCACCAGCUGAACCUCCAGCUGUGUGUGUGUGUGUCUGUGUGUGUGUGUGUCUGUGCAUGUGUGUGUGUGUGCGUGUGUGUGUGUGCGUGUGUGUGUCUGUGCGUGUGUGUGUCUGUGUGUGUGUGUGACCAGUGUGUGUGACCAGCGGGAGGAAAUGUCUCUAAAGCAAGAAAUGAAUCUAAAGCAAGAGUUGGAAUCUAUGGCAACCACAAUCAAUAAAGGGAUUUUUUUAAACAAA